CACAAAUCGAGUUGGCCCAAGAAAGCCAAAACCCUAGAUUGGGAUUUGGGUGGCGUAUAUAAAUUCUCCGCGAAUGCUCGUUGAUACGCUCUCGGUUCGCAGCUUCUGUAGAAGGGAGGGAGAGGAAGGAACAAGAAGACAACCAUGGUGUCGCUGAAGCUCCAGAAGAGGCUCGCCUCCAGUGUUCUCAAGUGUGGCAAGGGAAAGGUCUGGCUCGAUCCAAAUGAAGUCAACGAAAUCUCCAUGGCUAACUCCCGCCAAAACAUCAGGAAGCUUGUCAAGGAUGGUUUCAUCAUCAGGAAGCCAACCAAGAUUCACUCCCGCUCUCGCGCACGUCGUAUGAAGGAAGCCAAGAGGAAGGGACGUCAUUCUGGAUAUGGUAAGCGCAAGGGUACCAGGGAGGCUAGGCUUCCAACUAAGAUCCUCUGGAUGCGAAGAAUGCGUGUUCUUAGGCGCCUCCUCCGCAAGUACAGGGAAGCAAAGAAGAUCGACAAGCACAUGUACCAUGACAUGUACAUGAAGGUUAAGGGUAAUGUCUUCAAAAACAAGAGAGUGCUCAUGGAGAGCAUCCACAAGUCCAAGGCUGAGAAGGCAAGAGAGAAGACGUUGUCAGAUCAGUUUGAGGCCAAGAGGGCAAAGAACAAGGCUAGCAGAGAAAGGAAGUUUGCCAGGAGGGAGGAGCGUUUGGCCCAGGGACCAAUGGCUAUGGAGAAACCGGCUCCUGCACCAGCUGCUGCUGCACCUAAAGCAACUGAGUGAGCAUCUGUUAACCGAAUGCUCAAUGAAAUAGUUAUAUUUGAAUGUGUUUAGACCAUGUCAAUGAUGUUCCAUAUCCUUUUCCUUCUUGCUGGUGCAGGGUUCCAACUAAGAAAUCCAAGAAGUGAGAUUCCUGGACAAGUUGAUGAAGGUUUUGGGAGUUUUGUUUCAUCAAAGUUGUGUCUAUUUUGUUUUCCGUAGCAGCAGUGUAGCUCUUACGCCUUGGUUCUUCAAGGCAGUUAUGUUUUUUUUCCGUUGGAUUAUGUUUGUAUGGACCAUUUUACUUGCUACCCUACUAGACUGGUAAAAUAUAUUUGCAGGUUUUACAGAUUUAUGUAAAAUGCUGUUGUUAUGGUCUUGGUCUUGAGGAUCGAGCUUGUCUCCCCCAUUGCAUUACUUCUGUGGAUGGUCAUUUUGUUCUCAGCGAUUUGGGCUUUGAUUGGUGACCUGGCGAUGGUUAGUUCUAAAGUUCAGUUGUAUGGCCUAAACAUCAGUGGCAGCAUUCCAAUUGCUCCAGGGAGCUCCGCCUUACGUGAAUUGCACAAGUGGCGAUCUCAUCAUUGCAGGACUCAUUGGUCAUUGCUUCAAGAUUUG